AUGAUUAGAAAAAAGAUAAAGGUUGCUCAAGAUAGACAGAAGAAUUAUCAUGAUCAGCGAAGCAAGCCAUUAGAAUUUCAAGUUGGUGAUCAUGUGUUUUUUAGAGUCUCACCUAUUACUGAAGUUGAUAGGGCACUGAAAUCCCGAAAAUUGUUUCCUAAAUUCAUCGUACCAUUCGAAGUUCUGAGUAGAGUUGGUCCUGUGGCUUAUCAUAUUUCCUUACCCCCAAAUCUGUCCAAUUUACAUCAUGUAUUCCAUGUAUCUUUAUUAAGGAAAUACAUUCCUGAUCCUUCUUAUGUGAUUGAACCUGAUCCUGUCCAAGUUCAAGAGAAUUUGUCAUGA